AUGGGUAAUGCGUGUUGUAAUCACUCAGAAAUCCAUUACAAUCACUUAUAGAGUAACACUUAAAUCUUGACUCCUACGUUACAAAAAAUUGAGACUUGGAAUUCGUUUCAAGAUGACGAGGAAGACAUUACUUCCCCCCUUAAACAAUAUAUUACACCUAGUGCUGCAUCAAAAGUCGAUCUUGAUUUCUCUUCAGACACCAAUCAAUCUAAAAUGAAAUCAACCAUUUAAUUACCAGGCUCCAGAAAAUCUGUGAAGAUAAGCUACGAUAAUUUUGUUACAAUGAAACAAGGGGGAUGGAAAGAACAAUAUAAUCUCAUUAAAAAAUUAGGAUAAGGAAGUUACGGAUGUGUAUGGCUUGCCAAACAUAAGAAAACUGGUAUUUUAAGAGCACUGAAGUAAAUUAAAAAAGACUCACUUUUAUUUGAGGAUUAAGAAAGAAUGUUAUCGGAACUGAAUAUCUUAAAAUCUUUAGAUCAUCCUAACAUUGUUCGGGUUUUUGAAUGCUUCUCAGAAGACGAUCAAUAUAUAAUUGUUACUGAGUAAUUAUUUAUCAUAUUUAGACAUCUUUCUGGAGGAGAAUUAUUCUAAAGAAUUAAGAAACUGCAAUGCUUUAGUGAGAAAAUGGCAGCUGGUUACAUUAUAUAAAUCCUAAAAGCUGUUAGCUACUGCCAUGAAAAAUAAAUUGUACAUAGGUAAAUUUAUCAUCAUAUUUAAAGAGAUUUGAAACCAGAGAAUAUUCUCUUAAGUGGAUAAGGUGAAGAAGUUAAAGUUAUUGAUUUUGGAACAUCCAGAUACUUUUCCUCAAAUAAUAAUAUGAAGAAACGAUUAGGAACUCCUUAUUAUAUUGCCCCAGAAGUUUUAAAUGGUAAAUAUAACGAAAAAGUCGAUAUUUGGUCCUGUGGAGUAAUACUAUAUAUUUUCUUGUGUGGAUAUCCUCCUUUUACUGGAAAAACUGAAAAUGAAAUAUUUGCUAAGGUAAAAAAUGGCAAAAUAAUAUUUGACAAAGACGAUUGGUCUAAUGUUUCAAGGGAAGCUAUAGAUUUAAUUCACAAUAUGCUAAAUACUGAUGUCAAAAAAAGGUUCUCUGCCUAAUAAGCUCUCUUGCAUCCUUGGGUUUAAAAAAAUGCCAAAUAAGAAAUUAUAUCCUAAUAGUUAUUAAAUAAUAUUGAAAAAUUCUGUGUAUUUUAUUUUGCUAAAUUUAGGUCAAAAGUAAUUUUCAAAAGGCUAUCAUGACUUUUAUGGUGAAUUAAACUUUGCAAAGCCAAGAAAUCAAUGAACUGAAGGCCACCUUUAAUGCUCUUGAUAAAAAUCAUGAUGGUAAUUUGAGUAAGCUGGAAUUGAUCGCUGGUUAUCAAGAAAUAUUAAAAAACAAAGAAUAGGCAGAAGAGAAAGUUAAUUAAAUUUUAGAUGCUCUAGAUUUGAAUCAUUCAAAUUUAAUUGACUAUUCUGAAUUUAUUAUGGGUGCCAUGAAGUUUGAAAAAUUAGUUUCUAUCAAAAGAAUUAAAUAGGCUUUUCGCAUGCUAGACACAAACGGAGAUGGUUACAUAUCAAAAGAGGAAUUGUAAGAUAGCAUGGGAUUUUUAGAGCCUGAGAUAUGGGAAUAGUUUUUAAAGGAUUGUGACUUAAAUAAGGAUGGAAGAAUAUCUGAAGAAGAAUUUACUAAUAUUUUAGUUACUUUAUGA